AUGCAGACACUCGGACGUGGUGUCCGCAGCGCUCUUGCGGCGCGCCAGGGUCUGACGGCGCAGCCGACUGCGUCCUCCUCCCGAGUGCAAUGGGAUGCCCGGCGAAACAUCUCAUUUCCGAACAUACGACCGGUAGAAUGGAUUCGGAAGCGCCUUGAAACGCGCGUAAUGGAGGCCCCUUCCGAAGAGGAAUUGGCACGCACCCGCAAAGCAGAGGGCGGUGUUUUCGACGACUUGGAGCCCGACACCGCCGGCCAUAAAUACUCUACCGCAAACUUCAAGAUAUCACAUCGCAAACUCAACGAUCUCGGUCGGCAGAUCUCUGGCAAACCCAUCGACUAUGCCAUUUUGCAGAUGAAGUUCAGCGAGAAGCGAGCGAGCAAGCGCAUCAAGAGCAUGCUGGUCGUCGCGAAGAAUCACGCGGUCGCCUAUAAGGGCUUGGAUGAAAAGAAGCUUGUCGUUUCUGAGGCAUGGGUGGCCAAGGGCCCGAGAAGCAUCAAGCGGGUUGAAAUAAAGGGACGAGGGAAACAUGGUAUCCGUACGCACCCUGACUCCAAGCUCAACGUUGUGCUGCGAGAAGGUAAGACGUGGGCGGAGAAGGUCGAGCAGGAGCGGGCUCGCAAGCUGCGUAAGAUCGUCUCUGCCGGCAUCACGCGGGAGGACAAGCCUCUGCGCAAUCCGGGCGCGAUGUGGGCAUGGUAG